GAGCGACGACGAGAUACAUGAGGGAUGAUCUACAGGCAGCUACGCGAGAAGCAUCCUCUCCAUACAGAUGAUCGAGGGGUGUUUGAACUACCUGAGUUACUGAGCCGAGCAUUUCGUGAGGUGCUGCGUCUGUUGGAGGAGGCCAGAGCUGAAGUGAGAGACGAGCAGACACACAUGAACAAACUGGAGCUGUUGGCUAGCUCUUCAGACCCAGCCCAGGAACCAGGAGAAUGUUGAGACUAGCAGCGGACAGCUGAGGAGAAAGGAGGCAGAGUUAGCUGAGGCCCGAGGGCAGCUGAGACAGAAGGUGAGUAGCGUACA